AUGGGCACGGAGGAUGUGCUCAGGGAGGAGCUGGGCAGCCUCCACGGCAUCCCCCUCUACAAGAGCUUCAUCGAGGGCUGGCCGCAGGUGGAGGCUUUCCAAGCCCGGCCGGAUGACCUGCUCAUCGCCACCUACCCCAAAUCAGGCACGACGUGGCUGAGCGAGAUCCUGGACAUGAUCUACCAGGAUGGCGAUGUGGAGAAGUGCCGACGGGAUGCCAUCUACAACCGGGUGCCCUUCCUGGAAAUGAAGGCCCCUGGGGUGCUGAGUGGUGUCGACCUGCUGGAGAAAACUCCAUCCCCACGGCUGGUAAAGACCCAUCUCCCUGUUCAGCUUCUCCCGACCUCCUUCCAGGACAAAGACUGCAAGGUCAUCUACGUGGCCCGCAACCCCAAGGAUGUUGUCAUCUCCUACUACUACUUCUACCAGAUGGCCAAGAUGCACCCUGACCCUGGCACACUGGACGAGUUCCUGGAGUCGUUCAUGGCUGGCAAAGUGGCCUAUGGGUCCUGGUAUGAGCAUGUGCGGGGCUGGUGGGAGAAGAAGCAGGAGAAGAAACUCCUCUACCUCUUCUACGAGGACAUGAAGAAGGACCCACAUCGUGAGGUGCAAAAGAUCCUGCGGUUCCUGGGCAAGGACGUGGCCGAGGGGACAGUGGCAAGGAUCCUCCACCACACCUCCUUCCAGGAGAUGAAGAAGAACCCUGCUGCCAACUAUGAGACCAUGCCCACCGCCCUGAUGGACCAUAACCUCUCCCCCUUCCUCCGGAAAGGAAUCUCUGGGGACUGGAAGAACCACUUCACUGUUGCCCAGAAUGAGCGUUUUGACCAGCACUACUGGGAGCACAUGGCCGGCUCCGACCUCUGCUUUCAGAUGGAGGCAUGA